AUGUACACUUACCAGAGAGAAUCAACAAAAUCCAGCCCUGAUUUGCUGAUUGCACUUUUCUCCCCAGGUAUUAAAGCUAGCUUUCGAACAAGGGUGCCUGAAGGUUUGAUUGUCUUUGCGGCAUCACCUGGCAAUCAGGAAGAGUAUUUUGCAAUUCAGUUGAAGAAUGGACGCCCGUAUUUUCUUUUUGAUCCUCAGGGGUCUUCAGUGGAAGUUACCACAACUAAUGAUGAUGGCAAACAAUAUAGUGAUGGCAAAUGGCAUGAGGUAAUUGCUAUUAGGCAUCAAGGUUUUGGCCAAAUCACUCUUGAUGGGCAGUUCACAGGCUCUUCGGCCACCACGAAUGGUGGUACUGUUAUUGGAGAGAACACAGGAGUGUUUGUGGGUGGGCUGCCACAGGGUUACACCAUCCUCAGAAAGGAUUCUGACAUAGUCCAAAAGGGUUUUGUGGGCUGUCUCAAGGAUGUGUAUUUUAUGAAGAAUUUUAAUCCCUCUGCUACUUGGGAGCGUCUGGUUUGGCAGAGUUCUGAAGAGCAAACCAAUGUGCAUAACGACUGGGAGGGAUGCCCCACUUCACUCCAAGAGGGAGCCCAGUUUCUAGGGACAGGGUUCCUGGAGCUUUAUCCAUACUUGUUUCAUGGUGGAAUGGACUUUGAAAUUUCUUUUAAGUUCAGAACUGACCAACUGAAUGGAUUGCUGCUUUUCAUUUACAACAAAGAUGGACCUGAUUUUCUUGCUAUGGAACUGAAGAGUGGAAUAUUGAGCUUCCGGUUAAAUACUAGUCUUACUUUUACACAAGUGGAUCUUUGGCCGGGGCUGUCCUACUGUGAUGGAAAGUGGAAUAAAGUGAUCAUUAAAAAAAAUGAUUCCGUCAUAUCAGCAAGCAUGAAUGAACUGAUGGAGCACGUGUCAGAGUCCAGAGCCCAGGCACUGGUGGUGAAUUCCCCCGUCUAUGUGGGAGGAAUCCCACGGGAGCUGCAUGACUCUUAUAAACACCUGAAGCUGGAACAAGGUUUCGGUGGUUGCAUGAAGGAUGUGAAGUUUGCACGGGGUGCCGUCAUUAACUUGGCAUCCGUGUCCAGUGGUGCUGUCAGAGUCAAUCUGGAUGGAUGCUUGUCAACUGACAGUGCUGCUAAGUGCAGGGGAAAUGACUCCAUCCUGGUGUACCGGGGAGAAGAGCGGACUGCUUAUGAGAGCCGUCUCCAGCCGUUCACAGAAUACCUGUAUCGAGUAACAGCCUCACAUGAAGGAGGUUCAGUACAUAGCGACUGGAGCCGGGGACGCACAACAGGAGCAGCUCCACAAAGUGUACCAACUCCCUCAGGAGUCCACAGCAUAAAUGGCUAUAGCAUCGAGGUGACCUGGGAUGAACCUGUUGUGGCUAGAGGUGUAAUUGAGAAGUAUAUCCUGAGAGCCUACAGUGAGGACGCCCCUGGUCCACCCCGCAUUCCCUCUGCCAGCGCUGAGCUUGUCGAUACCAACACCUUCACAGGUAAAGUGGGUUCCUCGAGGGAGUAGAUCUUAUUAAUUUUCUUUUUGUUUUGACUUUGAAU